UUAUUAUAUGUCUUAGCCGCUACAAAAUCCACAAAUUAAUAUAUGUGUGAAUCCGAGGUGGUUUGCGUUGGUGCAUGUAAAAAGAUUAAGUGUGUUCGUCUAGAAAAGUUAUUUCACCCUCCAUCCACCUCUACACUACUCCACAAAUUUUUGGGGGAAAUUGUCUUCAACGCCUUUUGGACGAUUUUCAGUUUCGUGUGCAAGACCCGUUCAGAAUUCGGCCAAAUCAGAUCACAUGGAAAUGGAGGUAGCCUAUAUAGAGGCCUGGUGAAACAGUUACCUGAAAACAAGAGGCUUAUUAGUUGGUCGCUAGUUUCCCUCUUCUCAAUUCUUUAUUUACCGUUUAUUUAGAAUGGCAAACGCACUCAACGAAAAUGUGUGUCUGAUUAAAGACCUCAAAGCUGGAGUAAAAAAUAUUAAUUUAGUUUUUAUAGUCCUGGAAACUGGUCGAGUGUCUAAGACGAAAGAUGGUCACGAAGUGCGUUCAUGUAAAGUGGCCGACAGGACCGGAAGCAUUACCAUAUCCGUGUGGGACGAGGUGGGCAGCCUCAUACAACCAGGAGAUAUUAUCCGACUCAAUCGCGGAUAUGCAUCUCUCUUCAAAGGCUGUCUUACGCUGUAUAUUGGGAGAACAGGGGACCUCCAGAAGAUUGGGGAGUUCUGCAUGGUCUUCUCAGAGGUACCAAAUUUCAGUGAGCCCAACCAAGAGGUGCUGGCAAAAAUCAACCAAAUAAACAACACACAUGUAAAAUCAGAAGCUCAGAGCAACACACCUGGUAUUCAAAAUCCUGGAACACCUGCUGGACCUACAGCAAAUGACUCCCCUGUGUUUUUUCCUUCUCCUGUCACUCGAGAGAACUCAUUUGGUGCAAGUGGUCAUCAACUGAAUCGUAUCCAUUGGAAAAGUGGCAGUCGUUCCCCAGUUUCAGGUGGAGGACAGGGCCCAAAACCCACCAUUACCAUCACUAAUGGAAGGGACCCUCGUCGAGUCCUAAAGAGUUGAGCAUGAUAUCUCACAUAACUUUCCCAGCAUUCUAGGUCUGUUUAAUUUUCUAUGCCUGAGUGAAUGCUGUUUUGUAUUUCUUUUUCAUUUUUCCCCCUCUCUAAAGAAACUUGUUUGUUGAUUAAGUUUACUUGCUCUUUUUCUCUGGAGAAGAUGAUAUUUUG